AAGUUUUGUCGGUUCAAAAUCCAGAGCUAGGUAUGGCGGCACCCAUGUCCUGGAGAAGGCUUGUGUGUUCCGUGUACGCGCCGGCUGUGUCCGGCGUUAUUACUCGCAUGUCCGAUAGGUUAUUUCGGACUCGGGACCGGAGACAAGGGUCCUCGGUCCUGUUGCUGGCCCCGCUGCUGGCCGAGGCGGACCCCCUCUCGACGACGUCCCAGCCGCGAUCGCAGGUCACCGCCGGCACCGAGGGGUUACAUCACCGUUUCCGGUGGAUCGCCGACCACGUCCCGGCGUUCCGCGUCCCGGGGCACCGGGUCCGCGUGCUCCGCACCCCCGAUGAGUUCUUCCAGGUCAUGAAGGCACGUAUCAGGACGGCUAAGAAACGGGUAGUGAUGGCCUCCCUGUACCUAGGCACAGGACCCCUGGAACAGGAACUGGUGGACUGCAUAGAGGAAGCCCUGGUGAGAUCCAGGAAGGAGAGUUUGACCUCUGACUUCAAGGUCUCCAUUCUUCUGGACUACACCAGAGGAUCUAGAGGCAAGAGGAACUCCCGGACCAUGCUGCUGCCCCUGCUGAAGGGCUUUCCGGGACAGCUGCGCGUGGCCCUGUACCACACCCCCGACCUGCGCGGCCUGCUCCGCCUGCUGGUGCCCGAGCGCUUCAACGAGACCAUCGGCGUGCAGCACAUCAAGGCCUACCUGUUCGACGACGACCUGCUCAUCAGCGGAGCCAACCUGAGCGACUCGUACUUCACGAACCGGCAGGACCGCUACGUGCUGCUGCAGGGCUGCCGGGAAGUGGCCGAUUUCUUCGCCGAGCUGGUGGGGGCCGUGGCGGACUCCUCCCUGCAGCUGCAGCCCGACGACGGGGCGCGCAUGCAGGAGGGGAGGGUGCACCCUUACAAAGGUGACCGCACAGAGUUUGCUGCCGCGGCUCGCCAGCGGGUCAUGGGAGUGAUGAACUCUGCGCGCGCCAGGCAGCGACUGGAGGCCACCGCGGCGCAAGAGGGUGAGGGAGCGGGCGAGGGCACGGCCGCCGGUCCAGGCCGGGGGGACACGUGGGUUUUCCCCCUGGUGCAGAUGAAACCUCUGGGGAUCAGCCUGGACGAGCAAGUGACCAAGAGGCUGCUGACGGAGGCGGGGGGCGACUGCCGCAUCUACCUCACCUCGGGGUAUUUCAACCUCACGCGGGCGUACGUGCAGCUGCUGCUGGGCGCGGCGGCGGACUACCGCAUCCUGCUGGCGUCCCCGGAGGUCAACGGCUUCUUCGGCGCCAAGGGCGUGGCGGGCUCCAUCCCCGCGGCCUACGUCCACAUCGCCAGGCAGUUCUACAGCAGGGUCUGCCGCCUGGGCCAGCAGGAGCGCAUCAGACUGCACGAGUACCACCAGCGCAACUGGACCUUCCACGCCAAGGGGCUGUGGUACUACCUGCAGGGGAGUGACAAACCAUGCCUCACUCUGGUUGGCUCACCCAAUUUUGGGUACCGCUCUGUCCACCGAGACCUGGAGGCCCAGAUUGCCAUUGUGACGGAGAACAAGGAGCUGCAGGCCCAGCUACAGCAGGAACAGGAGAUGCUGUAUCAACGCUCCACAGAGGUGUCCUCCUCCACCUUCGAGCAGCCUAACCGCUACGUCAAGCUGUGGGUCAAACUGGUCAGUCCAUUCAUCAAGAACUUCUUUUAACAAGGAGACAGACCCCCUGCACCAACAUGCUGCUCCACACUACCAGGAACAGGUUGAAUGUCCAGACAAAGGUUGGUCCGCGGAUGCGAGUUUUGUACACUGGACAUUCGUAGAUGUUCUUGGUCUCUUGCCUGUCCACGGGAAUGGCUUUAAUGAAGAUCACUGGCAUGGCAGGGGUUAAAUCCUUCAACCUUGCAUCUGCAAUCACCCCAGCCUGAGUGUCCCAGCGAGCUCC